AUGCGGCGGUGCCGGGGCGCAGGGCUGGCGGGGCUGGCCGCGGUGCUCCUGGUGACUGCGGGCAGAACCCAGGUGCAGCAGGAGCCGUCGGCAGAGACCACUGAGGGCACCGGCAUCAACAUCACUUGCUCACACCCCAACAUACAGACCGGCAUGUUCAUCCACUGGUACCGUCAGCUCCCGGGCCGAGGCCCCGCAUUUCUCCUGAUAGCAAAUGCUGUCCAAGGCACCAAACCAGUGCCGGACCCGCCGGGGCGGCUGUGGGUGGCGGCAGACCGCCGGUCCAGCGCCCUGUGGCUCGCCCGGCCCCAGCGCGGGGACGCGGCGGUGUAUUACUGCGCCGUGGGAGACACGGGGAGAGGAGCCGGGGCUGCGGCCGGGCACGAACCACGAAGCAGGAACGGCGGCGGGCGGGGCCGGGCGUCUGUGGGGUUGUUUUUGAUCAUUAUGUCAUCAUAUGCAAACUGCUUGGUGAAAAACACUAUCAUGACAAAGAAGGUCUACUUCCUCGCAGUACUGGGAGGAUGUGCCGUGGGCUUUGUGGUCAUCUUGUCCCAGGUGGCUCUGCUGCUGCUGCAGCCUCCUUUCUGCACAAAGAAGGUUGUUGACCAUUUCUACUGUCAUGCUGGGCCAGCGUGA